AUGAAUGAAAGUAUAACUAUUAAGAAACCAUUUUUGAUUUUCUUCCAGGUGAAGCACUUGGAGCCCUGGGAGCGUGGAACAAGGAAAACUCAAGGAAUGACUGGAAUGUGUGGCGGGGUGCGAGGAGUUGGCGCGGGUGGAGUUGUAAGCACUGCAUUCUGCUUGCUUUAUAAAUUGUUUACCAUAAGGCUUUCUAGAAAACAGUUAGUCAGUAUGAUUAAUAAUAGAGAUUCUCCAUAUAUACGCGGAUUAGGAUUCAUGUAUAUUCGGUUUUGCCAACCGCCUUGCGAUCUUUGGGCUUGGAUGGAACCAUACUUGGAUGAUGAGGAACAAAUUGAUCCACGUUCUGGAGGAGGCGAUGUUACAACUAUUGCACAAAUUGUGAAAAUGAUGCUUACCAAGUUAGAUUGGUAUGGAACGUUGUUUCCUCGUAUUCCGGUUCCCAUUCAGAAGGAAAUUGAAAUAAAAUUUCGAGAUAAAGCAAAGCUUGAUUAUCAACGAGAACACGAAAGAGACCUCGAUAAUUUUGAUCGAGAACGUAGGAGGACGCGGAGUAGAUCACCUUAUGGAAGCCGAGGACGAGAUAGAGAGAGUGAUCGCGACCGACAUUGGGAUGCAUCUCGAGAUAAAUCAGCAACAACUUCAUCUAGCGGGAAAAAGCGAAGGCACACAGGCUUCGCAAGGACAAAGAAAAAACAUGAUAUAACCUCAUUUUCGUAUUGA